UCCGGCCUGAGAGCUCCCUUUGCGCCUGCUCGCUGCCGGCCGGCCAACAUGGCGACCUUACCAGAGAUCCUCAGGAGCGAGUUCCCGCAGCUUGACGCCGAGCUCUUCCAAUACGUUACCGAUGUUCUUGACAGUGGGCAAGCUGACUUUGAAUCUGCGCAUGACUUGUUUGAAGCAGUCGGAGCUCUUCUGCAGGAUGUUUCUGGAGAUACCAAGGACGAUGAGGACAUCAGAAACAUCUGUCAGAGGAUGUAUAGAACAAUGCGCUUGGAAAAUAAUCAUGCCCCCAAACAGAAUCAAGUACUGCUCCAGGCCCCUAUCCAGCUGAACCAGAUCACUGACCAAUAUGAUGUUGAUCCUCAAAUCCUUAAUGUGUUGUUGAUGAAGAAAGGGCAAUCCUCGACAGUUAAUGUUAAAAAGCUGGAGAAAGCAGAAGCCAAACUGAAGGCUAAACAAGGAAAGCGAAAUGAACGAGACUCAAGUAAACCAGCCGGGCAGGUUGUAAUGGAGGAGGCCUCAGCCAGCCAGGCUGCUAGUAAGAAAGAAAAUCGUAUAGAGAAUAGCGGCAAGAACAAGUCCUAUGACAUUCGAAUAGAGAACUUUGAUGUGUCAUUUGGAGAGAGGGUCUUGCUGACAGGUGCAGAGUUGCAUUUGGCGGCUGGACGUCGCUAUGGUUUGGUGGGUCGGAAUGGGCUGGGUAAAACCACCCUAUUAAAGAUGCUUGCUAGCCGCAACCUCCGUGUUCCUUCACACAUCAGCAUUCUGCACGUGGAGCAGGAAGUGGCUGGUGAUGACACUCCUGCACUCCAGAGCGUUCUGGAAUGUGACACUCUGCGUGAGAGCCUUCUGCAUGAAGAAAAGAUGCUAAAUUCUAGGAUCAGUGCUGGAAAGGGUGAUGGUUCAGAGAGCACACGGUUAACUGAGAUAUACAGCAAAUUGGAAGAGAUAGAAGCUGACAAGGCCCCAGCAAGAGCUUCUGUGAUUCUGGCUGGGUUGGGGUUCAGGCACACAAUGCAACAGCAAAUGACCAAGGAAUUCUCUGGAGGUUGGCGAAUGAGAUUGGCACUUGCUCGGGCUCUCUUUGGCAGGCCAGAUCUUCUGUUGCUUGAUGAACCCACAAACAUGUUGGAUGUCCGAGCCAUUGUAUGGUUGGAGGAUUAUUUGCAGACCUGGCCUUCCACCAUCCUUGUUGUCUCUCACGACCGAAACUUCCUGAAUGCAGUGGCCACAGAUAUUGUACAUCUGCACAGCCAACGACUUGAAGGAUACCGGGGCAACUUUGAGAGCUUUUUGAAAACAAAAGAAGAACGUCUGAAGAACCAGCAACGUGAAUUUGAGGCACAGCAUCAAUACCGUGAACACAUUCAGGUUUUCAUUGAUCGGUUCCGGUAUAAUGCAAACAGAGCCUCUCAAGUGCAGAGUAAACUUAAGCUGCUAGAAAAACUACCGGAACUGAAGCCAGUGGACAAAGAGUCUGAGGUGGUUUUAAGGUUCCCUGAUGGUUUUGAGAAGUUCUCCCCUCCCAUCCUGCAGUUGGAUGAAGUUGAUUUCUGGUAUUCUUCAGAUCAGCCAAUCUUCAAGAAACUUUCUGUGUCUGCAGACCUGGAUUCAAGAAUCUGUGUGGUGGGAGAAAAUGGAGCUGGAAAGUCCACGAUGUUGAAGCUGUUGAUGGGAGAGCUGUCUCCAGUACAGGGGAUUCGACAAGGACAUAGGAAUCUGAAGAUUGGUUACUUCAGUCAGCAUCAUGUGGACCAACUUGAUAUGAAUAUUAGUGCAGUGGAGCUACUCGCAAAACGCUUUCCUGGGAAAACUGAAGAAGAAUAUCGCCACCAGCUGGGCAGUUAUGGCAUCUCUGGAGAAUUAGCAGUACGGUCAGUGGCAAGUCUAUCAGGAGGGCAGAAGAGUCGUGUUGCUUUUGCCCAGAUGACAAUGCCAUGUCCAAACUUCUAUAUUCUGGAUGAACCUACCAAUCACUUGGACAUGGAAACCAUAGAAGCCCUGGGAAAAGCACUGAACAAAUUUCGGGGAGGCGUUAUUUUGGUUUCUCACGAUGAGCGUUUUAUCCGUCUUGUUUGCCAAGAACUCUGGGUCUGUGAAAAUGGAGGAGUGACGCGUAUUGAUGGUGGUUUUGAUGAGUAUCGGAAUAUCCUGCAGGAGCAGUUUCGCAAAGAAGGUUUCCUAUAGAAAGGACACCUUGCGCAUCUGGCUGUGCUCUGUACACCCUCCAGCAAUAAGUGUCCUGUGCAUACUUACUGUCCUACAUGAGGGAGCAAGAGAGACUGUGCUCUAUAGUGUCAUGGAGCCUAAUGGAUAACAGACUGAUUUAGAGAUGUGAAAGCUAAGGGACUGUAUUUAUUAUACAAACUGUGUAGAUGGAGCAGAGAUAGCCAUUGUCAAUAUGAAGUGAUUUUGCUGCACAACACCAGCCAGGCCUUUUAUGUACUCAAAACAUGUCUUGUCCUUCUAAGGUUUCAUUCCCAUAAUUCAAACCUU